AUGGAACUAGAUGUUUCUCGCAAUAACUUAACAGGAGAAAUCCCACUGGAGUAUAUGGAGAAUGGAAGCUUGGAGGAUUGGCUCCAUAACCAACGACAACAACAAUCCCAGAGCAACCUUAGCCUUGUCAAAAGGCUCAACAUUGCAAUAGAUGUGGCAUAUGCUGUUCACUAUCUUCAUUAUCUUUGUGAAACAACGAUACUUCAUUGCGAUCUCAAGCCUAGCAACGUUUUGCUAGAUGGUGACAUGGUGGGCCACGUGAGCGAUUUUGGUCAGGCCAGACUUCUAUUGGAGCCAGUCUCGCAAGGGAAUGCAACUACAACUACUUCUGGCAUGAAAGGCACUGUCGGUUAUGUUGCUCCAGAGUAUGGGCUGGGGUCGGAGGUGUCAACCAAAGGAGAUGUAUACAGUUUUGGAGUCCUUGUGUUGGAAAUGUUUACGAGGAAGAGACCUACGGAUGAAAUGUUUAGGGAGGGUUUGAAUCUCCAUGAUUUUGUUAAGGAUGUUGAUUCUCCAGGAAAACUUGUCUCGAAUGUGGACCCAAUUCUUCUAGGUGAGGAGGCACAAGAUGAUGAUGAAAGAGGGAGAAGGAAUAGGGGAAAAAGGAUGGAGAAGAUACAAAAUUGUUUGAUAGCGAUACUUGAAGUUGGAGUUGGUUGCUCUAUUGAAUCAGCCGGUGAGCGAAUGAACAUGGCCGAUGCCAUUGGAAAGCUGCAAUCAAUUAGGGACAUGUUGCAUAGUAGAUGA